UAUAAAUCUUCCUCUUCCUUCUUCCUAGUUUCCCCAACAACAAAACCCUUAAUUCCAUCUCAAAUUCUCUUGCUUCUUCUUCUUCUUCCUUCAAACAACAACAAAGAUGGGAAGAGCACCAUGUUGUGACAAGGCCAACGUGAAGAAAGGACCUUGGUCCCCUGAAGAAGAUGCUGCUCUCAAAGCCUACAUAGAAAAGAAUGGAACUGGAGGCAAUUGGAUUGCUCUUCCUCAGAAAAUUGGGCUGAAGAGAUGUGGAAAGAGUUGCAGGCUUAGAUGGUUAAACUAUUUAAGACCUAACAUCAAGCAUGGUGGAUUUACUGAAGAAGAAGACAACAUCAUCUGCAGCCUUUACAUUAGCAUUGGAAGCAGGUGGUCCAUUAUUGCGGCACAGCUACCUGGAAGGACAGAUAACGACAUCAAGAACUACUGGAACACUAGAUUGAAGAAGAAACUGCUCGGAAGGCGCAAACAAUCCAGCUUCAACAGCUCCAAGGACUCCAAUAUUGGGAUGCAAGAUGACACAUCAUGUUCCAAUAACAAUAGUAAUGCCCUAAGCACUUCAGCUCUUGAGAGGCUUCAACUUCAUAUGCAGCUUCAAAGCCUCCAAAACCCUUUCUCUUUCUACACCAACCCUGCCCUCUGGCCAAAGUUGCAUCCUUUUCAAGAAAAGAUGAUUCACCACAAUCUGCAGCAGCAGCAGCACCAAUCUCAUAAUCUUAACAGUCAUGACUCCAACUCCAAUAACCCUUUAAUGCAGAAUACUAAUAAUGCUUUGCUUUCUCCUCAUCAUCAUGUGCUGAAUCAAGAAGAAGGGGAAAAGGAUACCAAGAAUUCAAAGGUUGAUCUUUUGGAGAAUCCGCUUAAUAGUAAUGGCUGUUCAUCAGUUCUCUUCAAUAACAGUAAUCCAUUAUUGCACUCAUCAAGUGAUGCCAUUAUUGCACCAAGAGGAGAUGGUGUUGAGGGAAUUCAGCAGGUUUGUGCUAUCCAAAGUGAGCUUGAUGAGAUUUUGAAUCUCAAUAGCAACAGAAGAAUGUGUUACAUUCCACAGGAGGAGGAAGAAGAGGAGGAGGAUCAGAUUCAACAGAUGGCUGAUGAUGAGUUUGACUGUUUGAGAGAGAUGAAUAGUAAUAAUAAUAACAAUGGUAAUUCAAAGGACAGUAAUAGUAACUUGAUUUGGUGGUCCAAUGAUUCUUCUGCUGAUACCAAAUCAGCAUCCUCAAAUUCUUGGGAGUCAAUGUCAUCCACUCCAGUUCUUCUGCCAGAAGGGAUGUUCCAAGAUUAUGAACUAGGUUACACUUUAUAGUCAUCACAUUGUUAUGAAUGAUUUGACUGUUUGAAUGUUCCUAAUUUGUUGGGUGGUGGGCAUAAGAUAAUUAAUGGGGAAACGAAAGAGAGAAAACUGAGAAAUAUAAUAGGUCUUGUGUAAACAACAUCGUGAAUAUGCAUGUAAUAUUGUAAUAAUAAU